ACGUCUUCACCUCCCACACACACACACACAGACACGCUCGGGUGGAUGAGCAACAGCCCGGUUUGCCUGAGUCCGACAUGGAUCUGUCCUGAGUGGCGUUUUGUUCUAUUCCAGUUCCUCCGCAGAUUACGCGCGGCUGCUGCUGUCGGAUGCUCCUCGCCCUCCCCCCGCCGCACUUGUUGCGCAGAGACUGGAUGCGCCGCUGAGUCCUCGGAGAGGAGAGAGAGGCAGGGACUCACUGCAACAGGUGCACACGGAGCAUCUCCUCCACACACGCUGCCGGAGGUAGGGAAAUUACGCACCAUUUGGUUCAUCUCUGGCACGAACGUAUUUGCUUGGCUUUGGAUAUUUGGACCAAGCACUAGCCUGCUGAUUUAUGUGGCACCUGAGUGUGAGGUAGGGUUUGGAUUUAUUUAGUUAACAGCAUUUUUUUUUGUUUUUAUACUUUUCCCCCACCUUUGGCCUGAAGAUAAAACAAAACUUUAGAUGCUGAUCUGAGGAUCCUGUGCUCGUCUUCAGCCCCUCGCCGCGCGCACGAAGCCAGGAUGCCGGUCCUGACGAGCCCCGACAUCGCCAACAAGUUUAAGGAGAAAUGGCUGGCGGUCUUCCCGGAGGAUCAGGGCGCGGGGACGGACUCUGCCCCGCUGGACGACAGCCUCACCAGCCUCCACUGGCUCCAGAAUUUCUCCAUCCUCAGCGCGGACCCGGAGCGACCCAGCGGCGCGGCAGGUCCGGGCUGUCCGUCCUCCCAGCAGCACCUCUUCCUGAAGAGGCUCGGCUUCCCCAGGGGAGGCGCCGACUCUCCGUCCAGCCCUCCGGCCGGGGACACCGCCUCCACCGGGAUGCCUCUGUACCUCGGGAGCCCCGUCACCUCCGGCAGCGACUCCACCGCGGCGCCGCGGUUGUUCGCCAGUUGCGCGCUCUCCACCUCCGGGUACCCGCAGAUCCCCAUCCAGGCCAGCCCGCCGGUGGAGGUCGACUACAAAAGCAACCCCAAAGUCAAGCCGCCCUAUUCCUACGCCUCUCUCAUUUGCAUGGCCAUGCAGGCCAGCAAGCAGCCCAAAGUGACUCUGUCCACCAUCUACAACUGGAUAACGGCGAAUUUCUGCUACUACAGACACGCGGAGCCCAGCUGGCAGAACUCAAUUCGUCACAACUUGUCCCUCAACAAGUGUUUCAAGAAGGUCCCCAGACAGAAGGACGAGCCGGGGAAAGGAGGCUUCUGGCAGAUUGAUCCUCAGUAUGCUGACAUGUUUGUCAACGGCAUCUUUAAACGCAGGAGGAUGUCUGCUAACCAGUACAACGGCAUCGACAGCAGCAGUGGCGGCACACAAAGACUGAGCAAACUGGAUCAGGGUUAUCACAGCACCCAAAAUGGCUGCCCUUACCAAGGUGUGGGCGGCAAACGGAAGCACCUGUCCUCGAAAAUCAGCAACCAUGUGAUGAGGGUGACUGAGUCUCCUCUGCUAGCGACAGAGGCUCACAAAGCAGACAUCCUGAGGGGGGACUUUGACCUGGCGUCCGUGUUCGACGACGUCCUGAGCGGGGACUGUAGCAACUUCGAUGAUUUGGACAUCAACACGGCGCUGAGCUCCCUGGGGUGCGAUAUGGAGGUUUCCAUGCAGGGGAGGCAGCAUUCGGCAGUGAGGUGGUGCGGGGCAGGCGACCUCUUGGGUCAGAGCCAGCAUCUGAGCCACCACCAGUCCUACGGCUACAUGGACUUGAGCGGCGCCGCGAUGGAGUGCGCAGCCAACCUGGGGGAGCUCCACGUGCCACUGUCGCAGCAUGCGCAGCGGCAGCAACUUGCGCCGCAGCUUGACCAGGAUCAGCUGCUCCAGAGCCAACACCACCUGCAGCAGUUCGACGAGCCCGCCACGCUGUUCCCGGAGCCGCCAGAGGAGGCGAUGCUGCAGCCCUGGGAGGAAAUCAAAGAGGAGGCGCAGGCCAUCCCUCUCUCUCUGGAUCAGGGCUUCGGCCUGUGCGAUGGCUUCUUCACGGAGAUGCAGCCAUGGGAGCGAGUGGAAGCCUAUCUGUGACCUUUGACCCGAACUCUAAUGACUCUAUAAUCCAAACAUUUGCUUGUCCAGCUCCCCCCCUAAAAAGGAUAAAACUGAUGAGAGAGCCACAGCACGGUUACGCCCACAUUUCUUCCAAUUAUUCUGCAAUAUCCUGCAUCUGUAAUUUAUUUUUUGAUACAUCUCCUCUCUGUUUUUGUGACAAUACGAACAUGAUCAUGUCGAACUUAUCUUGAACUUGAGCUGCAAGCCCAGCUAACAAGUGAUGCCCUAAACAAAAGACAUUAUGAAGUUUGUUGGGUAACAUGAUUAGGGACUAUGUCCCGGGACAGAUUUCUUCCUGUCAGGUGAUUCACAGGAAGCGGUGCGUAUCACUACGCAGAGCUGGUGCAUGGGGCAGAACGAAAUGACAAUACGACGGAGUGACUUUGAUUAAACCAAAUUAAAGUUUCAUGCAGACCAUGAAGGGUCACGUCGUGCAUUUGUGGGAUGAAUGUCAGCAAACGGCUGCUUCUAUGUUGGACUUUUGGAAAUAUUAGCGCUCACAUAUGAAGAGGUUGGUUAUAAGAGAAAGUGUUCAUGUGUUCUGAACUGGGAGCUUCAGCCAUUUGUGCACGCCGAUGAAGGAAAAGCUAAAAUACCCUCAUUCAAAGCACUCGCUACAUACAAGCACGGUCACAGUGGGACUCUGACCAUACACAGAAUUCUAUUUUGCUACAUUAGCAUCUAACAUUUUUUUAACUAACAUGCAGUGAAAUCAUUCAUCUCAACCGCCAGCUGUGUUGUGAUGAUGAUGUGACUUUAAAAAAAACUCAUAGUCUUCAGAUUAGAAAUCAGUCACUUAUGACUUUCUUAUAUAGUCAAUUUAAUAUAUAUUCACUUAAGUGUAUAGCGAGAAGCCGGGCAGAAACGUUUCCCGUUCGACUACAGUUAUGUAUUGCAAAGUAAAAUAAGGAGCCGACCUGAAAUUGAGUCAUGAAAUCGAAAAUUAUGCACUUUGAUAGGCAGCGGUUUUAGGAAAGCGAGUCAGCUUUUAAAUCUUUUUUUUUUAUGGUAUUAAAAUGGUGUUUUUCUAAAGUUUACUGACCAUAACGUAUGAUGCAUAUAUGCUGUAGCUGUCCCUGUUGGUUUCUUCAUGAACGAUGAACUCAACACUGCAAUAACAUCUGUUUGCUUCACUGUAAUCCUUUUUUAGUUUUUUCACAUAUAUAUAUAUACAAAAUUGGACAUUUGUUGAUUAUAUUUCGCCAAAUUUGUUGAUAAGGAAUAUGCAGUUCAUUGGUGGAAUUUGUUGUGUUGAUCAUUAAGAGUUGCAUCUUCUGUCACUGGGUGAUGGAUUUCUUUUUGUCCUCUACUGAUUACUUUGGUGUAAGUCUUUUGGUUUUGUUUGUAUGGUUUGUUUUAACGAAUCUGAAUUUCAUAUUAUGUAGGACAAUAAUAAUUAUUAAUAAUAAUAACUGCUGGUUUGGGGGGUGACAAGCGAUGAGCAGAUACAUAAAUUCAACUCUUAAACGCCAGAUUUUUCACAUUGUAUCAUAUUGAUCGCGUUUGAUACAGACAGUUUAAUCUUACCAUGUUAUUUUCAUUUGUACUUUUUUAAAAAGCUGUUUGAAAAUGCAAUCAUGCCUUGAUGCAAUAAAUGGUGUCAAUUAAAGAAAGAACAGUU